CAACUGUCCCGACUCCUUUUCAUCUUUCCCUCGCUUCCCGUGCACCUUCUCCUCCUCGUGACGCAACUGCAGGAUAGGGGCGGACCGAAGAGGAAAGCAAGCAAGAGAGAGAUCGUUCGUCGUCUUCGCCCGCCGCGCCCAUGGAGUCGUUGCGGAGGCGGACGCUGCUCAAGGUCAUCGUCCUCGGCGACAGCGGGGUCGGGAAGACGUCGCUGAUGAACCAAUAUGUGCACAAGAAGUUUAGCCAGCAGUACAAGGCGACAAUCGGUGCUGAUUUCCUCACCAAGGAGGUUCUCAUCGAAGACAGGCUUGUCACCUUGCAGAUUUGGGAUACAGCAGGGCAGGAGAGGUUCCAGAGUCUCGGCGUGGCGUUCUACAGGGGAGCAGAUUGCUGUGUGCUAGUCUAUGAUGUCAAUGCUAAGAGGUCGUUUAACACACUUGGCACCUGGCAUGACGAAUUCAUCAACCAGGCUGGCCCAUCAGAUCCUAAACAUUUUCCAUUCAUUUUAGUCGGGAAUAAGGUUGAUCAAGAUGCUGGAAGCAGACGAGUGGUUCCUGAGAAGAAAGCGAAAGACUGGUGUGCCUCCAAGGGCAAUAUUCCGUAUUUUGAAACCUCCGCAAAGGACGACCACAAUGUUGAUGAUGCUUUUCUGUGCAUUGCCAAGCUUGCUUUGGAGCAUGAGCAUGAUCAAGACAUCUACUUCAAGACAGUUGCAGAAUCAGCCCCCAAAACUGAAGAACAGCCAGCCGGAUGUGCCUGCUAGCAACUUAACUUUUCUGUUAAUUGGCAACGAUUAUUUCUCAACCAAUUCUGGCACACUCUUUUAGUUGUCUGACGUUGUUGUAGAAUAAAGCUCAUAUAUCAGCUGUGUAAUUCGCUCAUAUAGCCAUUCUUGAAUGUACCAUUGUAAAUGAGUAAACAAAAGGUUGCUACUAAUUCUGCUCCGCAUGAAAAAUAAAUGCACCAAUUCUGGCCAAAACCUGUGUAGCGGUCAAACUCUUGGUCGUUUGUAGCAACAUGCUAGUAUACUUUUUCAA